AUGGGUUCAAGACAGCACGUCCGAGCUAUCAAAAGCGGUCCCCCGCUGCACUACACGGACGAUAUCAGAGCAUACAAGAAGGAGUACGCUGAGGCUCUUGAUGCGCAAGAUCCGCUUCGGUCUUUCCGGGAUGAGUUCAUCAUUCCAUCGAAGAAAGACUUGAAGAGAAAGACACUUGCGGCUGAUGAAGGCAAUGAAGAAGCAGAUCCAAGGUGCAUCUAUCUCUGUGGUAACUCGCUAGGAGUUCAACCCCACAGCACUCGCAAGUAUAUCGAACAGUAUCUGCGAGCUUGGGCAACCAAGGGCGUGACUGGGCACUUUGUGCCGCAUGAAGAUGAACUACUGCCUCCCUUUGUUGAUGUGGACUCUGCGGCCGCCAAACUGAUGGCUCCUGUCGUAGGUGCCUCUCAAAAUGAAGUGGCAGUGAUGGGCACCUUGACUGCCAAUUUACAUCUGUUAAUGGCAAGCUUCUAUCGUCCAACGCAAGAGAAGUUUAAGAUUAUCUUGGAGGGCAAGGCUUUCCCUAGUGACCAUUACGCAAUUGAGUCUCAAAUCCGUCAUCACAACUUGGAUCCGAAGGGGGCCAUGGUUUUGAUCGAGCCUGAAAAUCUCGAUAAACCUACACUGAGUACGGAACAGAUACUCAAGGUCAUUGAUGACAAUGCUUCUAGCACGGCCCUUGUACUUCUCUCGGCUAUUCAGUUCUACACGGGACAGUACUUUGACAUCGAACGGAUCACGGCGCACGCCCACUCAAAGGGAAUCAUGAUCGGUUGGGACUGUGCCCAUGCUGCAGGCAAUGUGGAUCUUCAACUCCAUGAUUGGAACGUGGACUUUGCAGCCUGGUGUAACUACAAGUACCUUAACAGUGGACCAGGUGGAAUAGCAGGUAUAUUUGUCCAUGAACGCCACGGCUCUGUGGACGAGAAACAGCCCGACAGUGACGAAACAUUCCGUCCUCGAUUCUCUGGCUGGUGGGGUGGAGAUAUCAAAACACGCUUCAACAUGGAAAACAAAUUCCAACCGCAACCCGGAGCGGCUGGUUUCCAGCUAUCGAAUCCAUCUGUUUUGGACAUCACCGCUGUCGUCGCAUCCCUCGAAAUCUUCAAUCGAGCAACCAUGAAAAAAAUUCGGCAAAAAUCGUUGAGCAUCACAGGCUACCUGGAGCACCUGUUACUCAAAUAUCCUCUGGAUGCGUCACCAGACGAUAAGCCGUUCACCCUCAUCACACCUUCAAACCCAGCCGAGCGAGGUGCUCAGCUCAGUCUGCGCCUCCGACCAGGCUUGUUAGAUCUUGUUCUUCAUGGCUUGGAGGAGAAUGGGGUAGUUAUUGAUGAGCGGAAGCCAGACGUGGUGAGAAUUGCCCCUGCCCCAUUGUACAACACCUACGCCGAAGUAUGGGAAUUCUGUCAGAUAUUCUUGCAGGCGUGCAAAGAUGCAGUCCAAGCUCGUGGUUAG